AAUGAAUCCAAAUGAUGAUUAGUAGAGACUAUACUAAAUGUUCUAACAAAUGGGUAAUCCAGAUCCAUAUGGACGAAUGUUACCAGUGCCAAAUCCUUCCUAUUACUCUUGUUGGACUCCUCCUUUUCCAUAACCUAUGAUGCCACCACCUCCAAAUUAGAAAUACCCAUUCCCAGAUUAAUUUAUGCAUGACCAAGCUCUUCAAAUGAAUUCUCUUCAACCUAAUUAAGGUGGGAUGAAUUUAAAUGGUAUGCCUUAAGGUUUACCAAAUAUGCCUCCAAUGCCUAUAGGAUUUGGAAUGCCUCCUAUGGGACCAGGUCAAUUACCACCUGGAGCUAUGGGUCCAGGUCCUUUGGGUACAAUGGGUCCCAUGGGUCCUAUGGGUCCUAUGGGUCCCAUGGGGCCUAUGGGUCCAGGACCUAUGUAAUUACCUGGGAUGGGACCUAUGAAUUAAGGACCCAUGGGAUAAAUGCCGAAUUUUGAUUUUCCAUUUAAACAAUAACCACAAUUAUAAUAGUAAUUAGGACCAAAUCAAAUGAUACCACAAUAAUAGCAAUAGUAAUAACCACACCCAUAACAACAACCUUAGUAAUAAUAAUUACAAUAGCAAGCUUAACCAUAAUAAUAAUAGGCACCUUAAACAUAAUCAUAAGCAAAUUCAAAUACGAAUACAAAUAAUAAUUGUAUAACUUAAUAAAACAAUUUAGAAUAAGGUAUCAUUAUGUAUUUAGAAUAUUUUAGGUUUUUCAUAAGUUGUAAAUGAAUUUUAAUUAAAAAUAUUGAAUAUGUUUGUUUAACAAAAUUAAAUGCUCUUAGACUUUAAGAAUAAAAAUGCCAGCUUGGAGAGUGUCAUCACUUAGAUAUUAGAUGAAAUAACAAAUCUACAAAGAAUUGUUGAAUCGAAAUUUGAUAAUGGAUAAACUGAAGAUUUUGUUAGUAGAUGUAAUGAUUUAAAAUCUUAUUUUUUAGUAUCAAUACCUCAUUAAGAGAUGACUCAUAACAAUAUCUUAUUAAAGUCUUUAUCUUAUAAUUUAAAUGAAUUUUAAUACUAAUUGGUAUUGAUUAAUGAUUUAGACACUAUUUUGUUUAAAGACAAGAACUUUAACCUUGAGAUUGCUCUAAAGGAUAUGAAAGGAUAAGAUGUUAAAAACAAAAAUAAAAUAGAAUUAGAAAUAUAAUUAUAUUCAUCAGAUGAUAAACCUAUGAUUUUACAAACUAAUUCUUAAAAUCAAAUAAUGUUAAGAUUACCUGAAGAUAAUCUUUGGUUAGAGGAUGGAAUAAUAGAAAUUGAAAAACUAUAAAUAAAUGAAGUUACAUCUCAUUAUUAAAAUGGUUGGGUACAUAUGAUAGUGUAUCCAAUUAAAAAUAAUAAUAAAUUAGGUUCAGAUGAUAUCAAUCCUGCAUUAAUAAAACCAUUAAUAUUGUAAAUUGUUGUGAAAUCUAAAAAAACAUUUAAGAAGUAUAAUAAUGAUUUAUUAAUUAGAUCAUCUCGUUCGAGGUCGAGAUCUCAUGAAAGAUUAAGAAGAUUGGAAAAGUUAGAAAAUAAAUCAAGUUCAGAAUCAGAAUAGGAAAUAGAAUAAAGAGAGAUGAAAAUAUCAUAAGAAAAGUAAAAUGGUAAUUAAGAAGAAAAAGGAGAAAAAGAAAAUUAAAUAGAAGAAUAAAAUGAAAAUAUUAAUCAUAAUAACAAUAAUAGUAAUCAGAAUGAUAAUGAAUAAUAGGAUUAAAAGGAAAAAGAAAAAGAAAAAGAGGAAAUUUAUUAAAAUAAUGAAUCUGAAUCUUGA